AUGGCAGCCAGCACACCACCUUUUACCGAGGAGUACAUUGUUAGAUCACCAAAACCACCAAGCACAGAAUCACUGCCCAAAGUGUCAGUGGCAGAGAUGAUGGUUGAAAAAAUAAGCAGCUAUGAUAAAGAGCUUCUGGCACUAAUUGACACAAACAACAACAGCAAUGUGACGUAUGGUCAACUUCAUGAGCGUGCAGCUCAAUUUGCCAGCGCUCUGCUGCGACUUGGCGUUGAGAAAACCGAUUUCGUGAUGUUCUACGGCGAAAACUCCUUCGAGUACAUCAUCGCCAUGCUGGGCACAGUCUACCUGGGACUGCCCUUCUGUCCUAUUCCACCUAGCUCACAAAGUUUUGAACUGUCUGAGCAGUCAAGAGGAGCAAAUGGAACCAUACUGGUGUUCGGCACUGAAAAGGUGGCCAUUGUUGAGAGAACGGCCACUGAGGCUGCCUACCGCGAGACGAUGCGCCAGUUUAAGGUGCUCGUGCAGAUGGAGACGGCAAAGCCAAGUGAAGCUCUGAAGCAGUUGGCCGUUCUGAAGGAGAGCGGUGCGCUCAUUCACUCAUUUGAGGAGAUGAUCAGCCAGGUGGCAGAAGGCGACAACGGCCCUCAGCUUAAAAUCAUUCCCCACUUUGCCGUGGACCUUAAAGCGGAGUUUCUCCUCUGCUUUACAUCAGGUACAUCAGGAGUGCCAAAACCGGCAAUUCACUCGCAUCGCUCAAUUGCCCUCAGCAUGACCAGAGCCUCCUGGGGCAAUCGUUCCGUCGGUUUGCCCUUUAUAAUGUGGCAUCCUCUAGGCCAUGUGAGCGGAACUUUCAUUGCACUGUACACCCUUUACGCCGGUUGCUCGGUGAUUCUCUUUGAGAAGAGCGACCUUGAGCCAAUUCUGCAGGCGGUGGAGCGAUACAAGGCGAUCAACUUCAUGAUGUCGGCGAACCAAGCGGCACCGCUCGCUGCCAUCGACUACCACAAAAAGUACGACCUGAGUUCGCUGAAGGCAAUCAACCACGGUGGCUCAUUCAUCGCCACCAGUAUGCUGUUGGCCAUUCGAGCCAAGUACAAAGUGGCCACCAUUAACGUGUACGGCUCGACGGAGUUUAUCGACUGCGUGGAAGGCUACGGGCAGCCGGAGGUGGACGAAUUUCUGGUCGGUUGUGUUGGACAUGUGAAGCAAGGAGUGGAGAUGAAGAUUGUCGACUUGCAAACGGGAAAGCCACUGCCGCCGAACGAAAACGGAGAGAUCUGCUUCCGAGGGGAGUCCUGCUUCUCCGGCUAUAAGGGCAACCCUGAGGCAACCGCAAAGACAAUAGUGGAUGGCUGGUAUCAUAGCGGAGAUGUGGGCUACUACGACACCCAGGGACGACUCUUCAUCACCGAUCGCAUCAAAGAGAUGAUCAAGUACAAACUGUACAGUUUGAUUCCGGCCGAGAUUGAGGACUUCGUUCAACGACAUCCUGCAGUGGCGUCGGCCUGCGUCGUCGGUGUGCCCCACGCCUCUGAAGGCCAUCAUAUUCGAGCGUAUGUUGAACUGGUUCAAGGGCAAAAGAAAACAUGGGCACACAAAAGAAACUUCGAGCCGGCGUCCGCUUCAUUGACUCCAUGCCUCGCACGUUAA